CUUAUAUGCUAUUAUAUCUAUAUAGACCAGAGAAAGGAGAAGGUUUAUACAUUAUUCCUGUCUAAACCAGAGAAAGGAGAAGAUUUAUAUCCUAUAUCUUUAGGCUUAGUUGUUAAGAAAUCUAUUCUGAAAUCCGAAUUAGAACUUUUCAUUACAAUCUUGGACAUUUACAAUCAAAUAAUUGCAAUUGUAAGAGCUAGAAUUCUCUUGAGAGAUACAGAAAAGAAAAAAUGCAGUGGGUAGUGAGAAAUCCCUUUAGUUUGAGCAAAGGGAAGCCUAAAAAUCUCCAAGAAAAUAAUGAACAGCAAAAAUGUUCAGAGCCUCAGCUUCAAGAGGAUCCUGUGGAACUUCUUGGCAGUCAUGAAGUGCUUGUUAGAAUUCCAAGGGCAGCAGCCCAUUUGGUGGAGGAAGAAGAAAGUAUUGAAUUGGGUAGAGGUGAAUUUACUCUAAUCAGGCUCCUUCAUGGAAAUACAGGAUUAGCCAUCUUAGCCAAAGUUGGAGAUGAACUAAGUUGGCCAAUAACUAAGGACCAGCCUACUGUUAAAGUGGACUCCUGUCACUACUUGUUCUCAGUACCUGUGCCAACUGUGGAGGAGACAACAGAGCCUGCUAAAUUUGGCAGGAACUGUGGCUCUGAGAUCUUGAACUAUGGAGUCAGUUUUGAAGAGAAAGAAGGGCUUGAGUUGCUUGACAAGUGCCUUGAACAGCAUGCUUGUUUUUCCUGCCCUAAAGAUGGUGGAAAGCCAGCUAGUGAUAGAGAAAAUUCAGAGGCAGCUUACUGGGCUGAUUUGGCUCCUAAAGUAGAGGAUUAUAAUUCUAUUUUGGCUAAGGCUAUAGCUUCUGGGUCAGGGCAGAUUAUCAGGGGGUUAUUUCAGUGUAGUAAUGCUUAUUCUUCUCAGGUGCAGAAAGGUGGUGAGUUUGUGAGAAGUACGACAAAGGCCAAGGGAAAGCCUUGUGAAGUUAGGGCUAAAAGGAAUUCAGAAAUUAGUCCUCGCACCAAGAGAAACAUCAGAAGGGUAAAGAAUUUGUCAAAGAUGAGUGAGAAAAUGAGCAAUAAUGUGCUUAAAGGGGUGAUAACAGCAAGUGGAGCUGUUACAGGCCCUGUAAUCACGUCCAAGGCAGGCCGAAAGUUCUUUGCCAUGCUGCCAGGAGAAGUUCUGCUUGCUUCAUUGGAUGCUAUCAACAAACUUAUGGAAGCUCUUGAAGUAGCAGGGAAGGAUGCUUUGUCAGCCACUUCUGAGGUGACCUCUGAAAUUAUUGCACACAGGUUUGGAGAAGAUGCAGGGGAGGUGACACAAGAAGCCUUUGAAGUUGCAGGGCAUGCCCUUGGGACUGCAAUGAACGUAAUCAAGAUUAGAAAGGCCAUCAAUCCUGCAACAAAUGGCAAUGUAUCAGCCUCUGUUAUAAGGAAUUCAUUCAAAGAACUCAACAGGGCAAUCAAAUGAAAAAUAUUGAAAUGGGUCUGAGAAUUCAAAUCUGCAAAGAACAAUGGAAGAUGAUUUGUAGUUCUAAACACUGAGUUGUUUCAUAAUUAUCUCAUAUUCAAUCACAUUUUAGAAGCAUUUUGCCAUUUAAUAUAAAACUCGAUCUAGUGUUA